CAGUGAGUAACCUGAUUUUCAUUCUACCUCCCAUCUAUGGUGCGAUUCAGACCUAUAAAGAUGGCCUUGAAAAACGGUAUUUAGCUGCAUAUUUAUGUCUUACAGCUGUGGGAUUGGGAUCUUGGUGCUUCCACAUGACCUUGAAGUAUGAAAUGCAGCUGUUGGAUGAACUGCCAAUGAUAUACAGUUGUUGUGUGUUUGUCUACUGCCUGUAUGAAUGUUUCAAGUACAAGAACACAGUCAAUUAUCCGCUGCUUUUCUUGUUAAUAACAUACAGCUUCGUAGUCAGCAUAAUUUACUUAAAUUUGAAAGAGCCUGUAUUCCAUCAGGUCAUGUAUGGAACACUAGUCUCCAUUAUAGUUCUACGAUCUGUUUAUAUAGUAUUAUGGGUAUACCCAUGGCUUAGAGGUCUAGGCUAUACAUCUUUAACUGUAUUUUUAAUGGGAUUUUUUCUCUGGAAUGUGGACAACAUUUUCUGUGAUAAAUUGAGAGCACUACGAGAGAAGAUGCCUCCUGUUGUGGGAGCUGUGACGCAGUUUCAUGCAUGGUGGCAUAUUCUCACAGGCCUGGGCUCUUACCUUCAUAUCCUGCUAAGCUUAUACACAAGGACACUUUUCUUGAAGCACAGGCCAAAGGUGAAGUUCAUUUUUGGAAUAUGGCCUGUUCUUCUUGUGGAGCCGCCCAAGAAGCUUUGACUGAGACUGAGGCCGUCGCAUGUGAUCCCCUUGCCUGGCUGAAUAAAGCAAUUCAAGAGUUACUGUGGCUGAAGUGUCAAAAUUUCGGAUCAAUUCCAGUUCCAUAGCUAUAAAAGGACUUCUCUGCGUUACGACGCCAGCCGGCCGGAGCAGAGCAAAGAGUUGGCACACUAGGGAAACGUUUAGUACAGCUUUAUUCUAAGUUGUUAAAACAAAGAUUAAGACACAAUAUUUUUAUGUAUAUAUUGUAUAGCUGAUGAUACUGAGCUAAUAUUUCGUGCUGGUCACAGAAAACUAACCGUUUUUGGAGUGGAUUGCGUAUGUUUUUCAUUCAGUUGUUGUUCUUUCUGUGGUUUAAACUAAUAUUAGUAACUGAAUGACAAAACCAGGCUAUUGGCGGCCAAGCUAAGCAUUUGUGUGGCCUAUAGUGAACUGAAUGCUUAACCUGAACUACUUUAAUCUUGCACUUUUAUACAAUUAAUGAAGUAUGUAAUGACUGAUUUAGGGCUUUGUUCUAUCCUGCUUUUCCACAGCCUCCUUUGCAAUUUAUAUUUUAAGCAAAACGGUUGGGAUACCUGUGCCACUUAGUUAAUUUUGUACCAAGCUUCCAUUUUCUCUUUAGUCCAACUGAGGUACAUCAUGGAGGAUGUUCCAGGGUGUGACCAGCAGAAGACACUUAAAAUGGGUGAAGUAUUCUAGGGUUCUUGUUUGUGUGUGGAAACUGAGUUCCUAAUUAAUUUGACCAGUGAUCCAUCAGGAGACUGCAAGGUGACUGUAUAAACACAAGAAACACUUUUUUAUUAUUAUUAUUUAUAAUUAUUAUUUUACAUGGCUCUUUUCUAUUGCUGCUUUUCACUGCCCACAUCCUGUUCAUACUACAGAUUGACAAACACCUUAGGUGUCUGCUAGUUCAGCUUUGAAUUCACAUCUUUCCUUUAUUUUACAAGUCUUAAGUGUUGUUCUGACUUUCAGAAGCAUCUUCUUAUUCAGAAAUAUCGAAGAAAGAGUAAAGAACAAGAUUGAUGUUGAGGAU